AUGGCGCCUACAAUUCAAAACUUAGCCCAAAACAAACCAAUAGCACCCAAACCAAGGGCACCUGACGUCCAGAGCGAUAGCCCCCAAGCACGCCAAAUUUCGGACAAAAAAAGGCCAAAAUGGUCCCCAGAAGAAGAUGUUCUGAUCAUCGAGCUUCGGCAGCGCGGAAUGGCGUGGGGAGAUAUCAGCAAGGAACUCCCCGGGCGAAGUGCACUCAGCUGUCGCCUGCACUACCAGAAUUACCUUGAGAGACGGAAGCAAGCAGAUUCAAGUCGGAAAUGUGGGCGAAAAUUGCAGAGGAGAUGUCCAUCCCCUGGAGGGCCGUUGAAGCUAUGCACUGGCAACUGGGAGAACAAGAAAUGGCGAGACGAUCUAGGACAGUUCCGUUCUCAUUCUCUCAACCCGCAUCAAAACGCUCACGUUCCGUUCAGCUCCCUCCCUUCGCGGAACUCGACGCCGUAUCCCAAGGGAACCGCAGCCACGCAGCUACUCUCUCAACGAUGGGUCAUCCUUCGGCGUGGGAUUGGACGUGGAUGGCGUGAUUAUCGCCGCCGUGGCUUCAUACCAAUAAUAGGUUCGAUCCAUACAUCAAUGGGAAACGUGGAGGGCAGGGGCCGUUUCUCCGAGCCUGCUCAAUUCGCCCUCAUCCAUCCGAUCCCUGAAACUGUCUCUAGCAGCCUACGAGUCCGUAAAAUGGUGCGGUCUUUCACGGUCACUCCUCGUCUGUCUGGAAAGGGGACUAUUAGCGUAGACGGGGGACUGAAGGUAUAUAGAGCCAGCCCCACUUUGCUGAGGUCGGUGUAG